UCAGCCCUCUCCAUCUUCUGGGGGUUACAACGCCUUCAAAUCCCUCUCACAGAUGAAGAACCACCACCACGCCGCCACCUGGAAGCUCCUCCUGCUCCUCCUCCUCCUCAUCCUCGGCUCCGCUUCCCCAAACGCCGCCGUUUCGGCCCCCGCGCUUCGCCGAUCGCAGCCGAACCACAUCGUCGGCAUCUCCCGCUCUCCCGGCCGAUCGCUCCUCUCCCAUCCGCCGCCUCAGCAGCGGAGCACUCACUUCGAGGCGGUGCCGGAGGGGAAGUUACGGCUGGUGGACAGUAACUCCGGCGCAGUAAUUUAUAGCGUGGAUUUAGGGGCGCCGCUGUACAGUUCAUAUCAGGCUCCUGGAGUCAAAGAUGAUAAUAUGUUCUUCCACGCAGAUGUUGAUGAAGAUGGACAUCUCUAUAAGAUCACAGAUGGCGACAAACAGAACCUUCGUAUGACUGUAGCUGAUUUCGUCCAAAUGACGCCUUAUACAUUAGAUGAUAGAAGUGUUACAGUUGGAUCAAAGAAGACCAUUACUUAUGAGAUUAAUCCCUUCACUGGAAAGAAAAUUCGCAGAUACACUUCAAAGCAUGGAGAGAAGCAGGGUGUUACGUACGCUGGUAUUAUCAAAGCCAUUAAGCAAUUGUUCAAGUCUGCUCCAACGAGUCCAAAAGAUGCUAAACCACGAUUAGAUGUCUUGGUGACGGAGUAUACCCUGACGGCAUACUUUCCAAAUUCAAAUGAACUCGCAUGGAGUUUGAAAUAUCUUGAAAUUGGAGUUCUUUUAUUUUGUUCAGAUAUUGCAAAUCCGGUUACUGGGGGCCUUGGUUCUGAAACAGGCAGUGAUAUUGUCUUACCGUUACCAUGUCAAUCAAAAAUAAGAGUCAGCCAUCAAAAUCGUAUAUCAAUUGAACCAUCUAGACAUGACAGAAUAUUAGUGGAACAAAAGACAGAUAAGAUCCCCUCAGAUCCUGCUUCAAAUAAGAUGCAUGGCAUGUUAGUCAUGCUUUUUGAUUGGUCACGAACUUGGAGUCUCACGUUCUCCUUUGUCAUCCUCCUGGGCUUUGUUAUAUGCUGCUAUGCUUAUGUAGUUAAAAGGCAACGGCUCACUGAUCCAAAUACUGCUCCUUCCAAGAGAAAGAAGAAUCGGAAAUCAGGAAAGAAUAUUAGUGUCAUUGGUGAAAAGAAGGAGAAUCAUGUAUCAUCUCAGGAUGAGGAAGCUUUAGCACACUCUUAUGGUGAUAACAAAACAUUGCCACUUGAUGAAUUAUUAUAUGGUGCUUUGGUCGGUCACAGGAUUGGUAAACUGCUUAUAUCAAAUACAGAGAUUGCCAAGGGAAGCAAUGGUACCAUUGUCCUGGAGGGAGUUUAUGAAGGUCGACCUGUUGCAGUGAAACGCCUUGUUCUAGCUCAUCAUGAUAUGGCUUUUAAAGAAAUUCAGAAUCUUAUUGCAUCUGACCGACAUCCAAACAUAGUACGCUGGUACGGAGUAGAGUAUGAUCGAGAUUUUGUUUAUCUCUCUCUGGAGCGCUGUAUUUGCAACUUGGAUGAUUUGAUACAACUUUACUCAAAUUCCUCUCCAAAUCCAGUAGCUGGUGAAGACUAUGCUUUGAUUCAAAAUAAGGUCCGCUUGUCCUCAGUAAAGAAUAUUAUGCCAGACGCCGAUUUAUGGAAAGCAAACGGUCUUUUGUCCCCUCUAUUAUUGAAAUUGAUGAGGGAUGUGGUUUCCGGGCUUGUGCAUUUACAUGAAUUGGGGAUAAUCCAUCGGGACUUAAAGCCUCAAAAUGUUUUGUUGAUCAAGGAAAGUUCAUUAUGUGCAAAGCUUUCUGAUAUGGGAAUUAGCAAGAGACUUAUUGGGGAUAUGUCUUCUUUGGGUCAUUAUGCUACUGGUAGUGGUAGCUCAGGUUGGCAAGCACCUGAACAGCUUCUUCAUGGGCGGCAAACACGUGCAGUGGAUUUGUUUAGUUUAGGUUGUGUCCUAUUCUUUUGCAUCACUGGUGGUAGACAUCCAUUUGGUGACCGCCUUGAACGUGAUAUAAAUAUUGUGAAGAACCAAAUGGAUUUGUUCUUGGUGGAGUAUAUUCCGGAAGCUUUGGAGCUUAUAUCUCGCUUGUUAAACCGUGAUCCUGAAUUGAGGCCAAAGGCUUUGGAGGUGUUGCACCAUCCUCUUCUCUGGAGCUCUGAGACGAGACUCUCAUUCCUGCGAGACUAUAGUGACAGGGUAGAACUGGAAGAUAGAGAGGCCAACUCUGAUCUUCUGAAAGCCCUAGAAAGUACCGCGCCUCUGGCUUUGGGUGGGAAAUGGAAUGAAAAGAUGGAACCUGCUUUCCUCACUAACAUUGGCCAUUACAGGCGUUAUAAGUUUGACAGCGUGCGAGACUUAUUGCGAGUCAUGCGGAACAAAUCAAAUCACUAUAGAGAGCUCCCAAAAGAAAUCCAGGAACUCCUAGGACCAAUGCCCGAAGGAUAUGAUGUCUACUUUGCGAGUCGGUUCCCAAAACUUCUGAUUGAAGUAUACAAAGUUGCCUGCAAACAUUGUAGAGAAGAGGAAUGGUUUCAGAAGUAUUUCAGAAGCACUGCCCAUGUGUCCUCGGGUCUCUAGAAAUGCUGAAGUUAUGCUGAAAUAAACACUGCGUUGUGUAGGGGUUGGGCCUAGCUUGUAUGUGUAGAUGCCUGUAAAUAUUUAUAAUAAUGUAUAAAACUCACUGUCAUAAUCUUUAUACAUAGGUGGUUUCAUCAUCAAGUCACUGUCAUGAUUCAAUUCCCAAAGUUGUGUGAUUCACUCUAAAAGAAGUAAAAAUAAGAGGUGCGUGGUUCAUGUUUGGUUGAUUCGUGUUUCGAGUUGGUUUUCCUAGUCCUUAUACAAUAGGUCCUUGUACAAUUAGCAAUGCAUCAACACCAACAACAAGCAAUGCUCCCCCAACAAGUUCCUGAUGUAGAAAAUGGUA